UAAAGAGCUCAGAGGGACCGAGGAAGAGUCUGGAGAGGAAGAGUCUGGAUAGGCAGAGGCCGGAGAGGAAGAGUCUGGAGAAGAAGAGUUACUAAAGAUGCGCUGCAGUGGGUUUGUGCUGCUGGUCGCUUUGGCCCUGACCUCGGCCAAAGUCCAGGACAUCAUCAUGAAGAGAAGUGCCCCUGUCAGGAGAGUCUCUUUGUUAAACCCGGAGCUGGAGGGGCGUGUCCCUGAGCUUCCCUUAAGCCCCUCCUUCCCCUCUGCUCUGACCCCGCCCACCUUAGACCAAGACGAGAGCCUAGUCGAGACAUGGGACUUCCUGUUUGGGGACAAUGUGAACCUAGAGUGGAAAGAGUUUGACGGUUCCAUUCCCAAUGGUGCCGUGUCCAUCUAUAACGGCUACACGGAGCGCACGGACUAUGUGUGUAAGUACAAGUGCGAGGCAGGCUUCUACAACCCAAAGCUAGGCCCGUACUGCCGCUACCCCUACGGCGAGCGCGAGUACUACGCCCCCGAGUUCCAAAUCCUCUCCAACAAAGACAACUUCGAGUUCCUGGAGUGGAAGGAGGACUCGUAUGGCUCCGUGCCCAAGCACUCGGUCCGCACCUGCGCCAACGUGGGCAUCUACGUGGGCAAAAACAAGUACGGCCUGGGCAAGGUCGUGCCACAGUUUGAGGCCUUCUUUUUACCCUGGGAGGGAGAAGAGUACUGGUACAAGAGCUACCAGGUCCUGACCAUAAACAGGGACAUGUACACGCAGCACAUCUCCGACGUCAAAUACGCCAUCGACGAGGCCGCCAUUUUCCAGUACCCUCCCGAGACCAUGCAGAUGUCAGGGGUCACCAACAAUGAGUGUCAAACCGUGUCUCAGACCGUGACCCUGAGCAAGACCACGGAGCUGGAGACCACAUGGAGCAUCGGACGUGGGACCAUGCUCGGGGUCAGCGGGAGCAUCACAGCCAAAAUCCCGUUCAUCGGCCAAGGCGGCAUUGAGCUCGGAGCAGAGAAGACAUUGCAGUUUGACAGAGGUACGACGCGGGUGGAGGCCAUCACUCACUCUGUGUCGGUGGAGCUGACGGUGCCUCCAAACCACACGUGCCGCGUGAGGAUGGAGGGUCGAAGGUUCAAAGCCGACGUACCAUAUACCGCCCGCCUCAGCCGCACCUACCGCAACGGAGAGACGCAGUGGACCUCCAUCUCCGGGACCUACGACGGCGUCCAGAUCGGAGAGGUCAGAGCCGUGGUGGACCGCUGCGAGCCCGUGGCUGACGCCCGGCCCUGCCCAUGAACAAGACACCUCCUCUGACUCUGCCCCCACGAGCAAGACACUCUGACACUGCAGCUGAGUGGAAGUGUCUGUGAUGUGAAUGAAAUAAACAUGGUACUUUCAUGGUCUGAUGUUCACUGUGUUUUUGUCACAUGAAAAACAGACUGAAUUAAAGGUACACUGGCAACUUAAUG